GCCAGCAGGGGUUCAAUGCAAAUGGGCGGCGUUUCAUUCUGGAUGAGGAGGAACUCGCUGACCACCAUCCAGCUCUUAUUUUGUGGCUGUCGGUGCGGUAAUGACCCCGAUCAGCAUGGCUGUGUUGACGUUUAGGUGUGAGUACAUGUCCUUGUUUUCGGAGCACUGAGGCUUCCCUGCCUGUAGUGGCCUGGCCUGCGGUCUUGGGCGCUCGUCUGCAUUGAUAGUGUAGAUGCCUUGGCCAAGAUGAGCGUGAAGGCUUUUGAGCUAGUCCCCGCUGUGGAGCGAGACCUCCUCAUGGGUGAGAAAGCUCGCAUCAACAUCGAAUGCAUUGAAUGCUGUGGAAAGCACUUGUAUGUGGGUACCAACGACUGCUUCAUCCACCACUUUCUGCUGGACGAGGUCGCUUCCUCCAAAGGGAAGCUGAGUUACUCGGCUCAGAAGCUGCUGCACAAAUACCUGGGCCUCAAGAAACCUGUUGCUGAGCUACGGGCUGCUUCUGCUCUGGAGCGUCUCAUAGUCCUUUGCGAAGGGAUAGUGUUCCUUGUUGACAUGGUGACACUGGAAACGGUCCCCUCGGCGGCUGGAGGUGGAGCCAAGAUCAGAGGUGUAACAUCGUUUUGCGUUAACGAGAACCCGCUGAACGCUGAUCCAUUCUGCGUGGAAAUGGGUGUGUUGUCCUCUAAACGGCGAACAGUGCAGAUUUACAUGGUGUAUGAGGACAGGGUGCAGCUGGUCAAAGAGGUGACCACCCCCGAGCAGCCCUGUGCUGUCAGCCUCGACGGUUACUUCUUGUGCCUGGCUCUUACUACACAGUACAUGAUCCUGAACUACAACACUGGAGCCUCCCAAGACCUCUUCCCUUACAACAGCGAGGAGAGGAGACCCAUCGUAAAGAGGAUUGGCAGGGAGGAGUUCCUCUUAGCAGCACCUGGUGGUCUGGGAAUGUUUGCCAAUGCAGAGGGGGUAUCUCAGCGAGCUCCAGUAAAGUGGUCAGAGAGUGUGAUUGGUGCUGCUGUGUGUUUUCCGUACGUGGUGGCGUUGGACGAGAGCUUCAUCACCAUCCACAGCAUGUUGGACCAACAACUAAAACAGACCCUUUCAUUCAGGGACGGCCACAUUCUCCAAGACUUUGAAGGGAAGGUCAUUUUGGCUUCCACUAAGGCCGUGUACAUCCUAGUACCUCUGCCGCUAGAGAGACAGAUUCAAGACUUACUGGUCAGUCACAGAGUGGAGGAGGCGCUCAUCCUCACAGAGGGAGCGCAGAGAAAUAUUCCCAAAGACAAAUUCCAGAGUUUGCACAAAAGAAUCCUGCAGCAGGCUGGAUUCAUACAGUUUGGACAGCUUCAGUUUCUGGAAGCGAAAGAACAUUUCCGGAAGGGUCAGCUGGACGUGCGGGAGCUGAUAUCUCUCUGCCCGUUACUGCUACCAGCUUCCUCUUCAUUCACGCGGUGCCACCCUCCUCUCCACGAGUUUGCAGAUCUCAACCAUCUGGCACAAGGUGACCAGGAAAAAGUGCUGCGAUGCAAGAGGUUCCUCAUAAGUUAUUUAGGAGAGGUACGAAGCACAGAGGUGGUGAACGGCUGUAGGGAGGAUGUGGACACGGCACUGCUAAAGCUGUAUGCUGAACAGGACCAUGAGAGCCUUUUAGACCUCCUGGCUUCAGACAAUGCCUGUGUGCUAACAGACAGUGUCCCGUGGCUGGAGAAAUAUCACAAAUAUUUUGCACUGGGGCUGCUCUAUCAUUAUAAUGGUCAGGACUCAGCAGCACUUCAGUUGUGGAUACGUGUGGCAGAUGGGGAACUGCAGGACUCUACUAGAGCUGAUCUUUAUGAGUACAUUGUGGACUUUCUCUGCACCUCGUCCAAUCUGGACCUCAUAUGGAAGUAUGCAGACUGGGCCCUGCAGAAGGAUCCCACCAUAGGUGUCCACAUCUUUACUAAGAGGCAUACCAGUAAAGGUCAGCCAGAAUUGAACCCUGAUGAUGUCAUCACGUACCUGGGAAAGCACAGCCAGGCACUACUGCUCUACUUGGAACACCUGGUGCUGGAGAAAAGAGUCCAGAAGGAGAAGUUCCACACACAUCUGGCUGUGCUGUACCUGGAGAGGGUUUUGACUUUGCUGCCCCUGAAAGAUGAGGAACAGCUGACCAAAGCCAGGGAAAGACUUCAAGCCCUGCUCAGGGAGUCUGACCUAUACCGUAUACACUUUCUUUUAGCUAAAAUUGAGAACCGUGAAGAACUGCUGCUAGAGCGUGCAACACUACAUGGAAAACUAGAGGAGCAUGACAAAGCCCUGCACAUUUUGGUGCACGAGCUCAGAGACUUCCCGUCCGCCGAGGCCUUCUGUAUAUGGGCGUCUUCUAGUCGUGAUUCUGCUUACCGACAGCAGCUCUUUCACUUGCUGCUGGGGGUGUAUUUAGACGGGAGUCCUCCUGGGAAAUCAGGGGACAGCGGAGAGCUGGAGAUGGCGGCAGUGGACCUCCUAAAUCGGCACGGCGAGGUGUUUGACGCGGUCCGUGUCUUGCAAAUGCUGCCCGAAGGCUGGUCGCUGCAGCUGCUGCGGCCCUUUCUGGGUCGAGCCGUCAGGGCCAGCAUGCACGCCUGUCGCACGUCCAAGAUCGCUUUGGGGCUAGCACACUCUGAAAACCUUCAACUGCUGCAUGACAGGUUGAAAGAGUGUAAGAAACCCAUCUUUGUAUCUGAAAAGAAGGGUUGCCAUCUGUGCCACAACACCUUCAGCGAGCCCAGCGUGGUGUGUCUGCCCGGUGGAGUGCCUGUCCAUACCCACUGUGUCGCCCAGAGAGUAAGAGACUCUCCCACAAAGAGACAGUUGACUAAUAGCAGUAACCACACGUGAGACUUGAACCUUUCUAAGAAACCAUGCGGUUUGUGAUGGGAGGCACCAAACUACAGCAGGAUGUGCUGAGAUUUUCAAUGGCUGAGGACUGUGGGGACGACAAAAAGCACAGAACUCCAGUUUCUGUAGUAUGCUCUGCGGAUGUGGUGUUAACAAGACACACGGAGAAGGCCGGGCGAUUGUGUAUGUGUGUAAGGGACUCAUGCACAGCAAUUUUACCACGUUUUGGACUUAAAGUUUGAUUUCAGUUCAAUUCUGUGGCCGUCCUGUCUUCGUUCUUCUGCUUUUUUCUUUUAAAUCCCAAAUUUGACAAACUGCUUGAACUACACAACACAAUAUUUGAAUCUUGUUGCAUAUGUUUCUGAAGCAUGAAUAGUCUAAUGGUUCUGGUCUAAUCAACUCAUAUGGGUAUUGUAUUAAUACUGUCAUAAUUUGUCCUAACUUGCACAUUACAGUGUUGGGUUGUAAUGUGAAUACUACAAAGGCUCAUCAGUACUGAUGGAAAGUCUUUUUUUGUAUGUCUUUGACUCUCUGUUCUGAUCUCACUGCUCCCCCACCCCCCCGCUUUUGGCCAAGAUACAGUGAUAUUGUAUUAGUUGGUAACUAGCUGGCAACAAUUUGAUCCAAACCCACUAAAUGAUUGUCAUAUCAAGGUUACAACAAAAAAAAAAGAAAAGGGAAAAAAACAAACUUUGUAGCAUUUCUUUUGUGGAGCAACAACAAAAUACCACAACAACAUUGCUUCAGUUAUGAAUAAGUUUAACUGGACAUGCAUACAUACAUUUGUUUGGACAGGGCGCUUGUUGUGACAUAUACAAUACUGAGCAAAACUUUUAAGUCAAGUUAAGGGUAUUUGAUCUUGUAUACAAUUUAGAACAAUCAGGGCUGAUUGCCUGUAUGAGAAACACAGGCCACAAACUGCAAUGCUAGUGCCACAAAAGCCAGAUAACCUCUGACCUCUGCAUUAAAGGUGCAGAUAGAGCCCUCCUAAUUUCUCUGAUCAGAAGAAACAAAAUACCACGGCUUUCUCAGGUUGGUUUAAAUAAAUUGCUUGGAAAAGUGAGAAACCAUAUUGUUCCUAAAGAUUGCUGAGGGUACAACAGUAUCAGUGAGCUAUGACAUUUGAAGUGAAACACUUUUUAAAGCAUUUCUCUCUCAAAAUAACUACACUAUGCACAGAAAAACAGAUUGGGUAAGAAGAACCUGAAACCGGGUGUUUCCUGAAGUGCUCAGACAGGGAGAAGGAUGCGGCAUGAAGUCAAUUAAUGGUGUCUAUUCUCCAAACCUGCAACAUUUUAACAGGAAAAGUAGCUCGAUGAAUAGUGGCAUUGUAGUCUUUGGUCAAAUGAAACCAAAACAAGCAUCGUUGGUGUAAACGUGCCCAGAGCUACUGCAGUGUCUGCAUAAUGCUGUCUGAAAACUAUGUGCUGAGAUGGAGCUGCGUGACUGCAAAAUGUUUAAGGGAGAAGACACUUAUAGAUGGCACUACGAGUGCAAGUUUGUACCCAAGCACACAGUCAUCCCAAACACACCAGUCACGCUUGGUUUUUAAAGAACAACAAAGUUAAAACUGAUCUGGCCACAUGCAGAGGGGGAAAAAACCAAACAUGGGGUGCUAGUGUAGCUCAGUAGGUUAGGCAGGUCAUCCAGGCCCUUGCCUGGGUUUGAUUAACCCCCAGGUCAUUACCUGUGUCGUUUCCCUCCUCGCCUGCCUGCACUGUGGUCCUGUAAUAAAAAUAAAGGCCCAAAAAAGGAAGAAAAUUAAACAUUUUUACUGAAAAUAUCAUCUAAAGUAGCAGAGGAUCACUUCACACAUUUGCGACAGACAAGCAUCACCUAAGAGAAUCCAAUCUGUCAUAAAGAAUCAGCGUGGAGAGCAAAAGUAUUUGAAAAUAAAAGUAAGGCAUAGUUCACUUUUGUUGGCUUUAGGUUGUACUUUGGUGCCUGUAUUUUGCAUGUUAUCUAACCUGUUUGAAUUUUAAGAUCAGAUACCCUGCACUGUUAUUUUUUAAAAAAAAAAAUUAGCAUUUCAGUGAUGUUUUGGUGUAUAUUAAUUUGAAUCCGUCUACCAACACAAGACAUUUCAAAUGUGUGUGGGAUGUGUAUAAAGAUGUUUUAAUCUGAAAUUAAAUUUGGCUAAAAUCUCCAGAAAAUAAGUGUUCCAAACAGAUAAAAACAUUAAUAUGCUGGGGUAAAUUAAUUUUGGCAGAGAUUUCAUAUUUCACUACUAGAGCUUAAUUAAUCUCUUUGUGGUUGUUGAGAGAAGCGUUUGACCAGAAGAUGGCAGUAAUGUGCAACACACCGUGUGCAUCCUACACAAAUUUGAUGGUUUUUUUGUUUUGUUUUGUUUUUUUUGCACGUGCUGCAAACUCCACCGAGUUUCCUUAAAUUCUGCCUGAUUGUUUUUGAAUAAACAGGUUCACAGGCAAAUAAGUAUAGAGCACCAGUCGUUGCUUUAUGUUGGAUCAAAUUCAAAGGAAGCGCAGAUUUCUAUACAUCACUUUAGGUUCUUCUUUACCAGUGCUACCCUCCCUGCCCUGGAUGGGCUUUAAAUAAUAGGGUUGACUUUGGAGUAAAUUAUCUAAAUGCUGAAUGAACAAAUUCAAUCUCAAAUUAAACAACAUUGCUUUGACAUUCACUGUAACUGUAUGAUUUUCUUUGGGAAAACCAAAAUAUAAAACUUGCAGCUUCAUAGGUUUGUCAAACCGUUACAGAAAACCACGUGCCCUUUACUGCUCUCCGGGUGUUCUCUAUAUGUCAGCGUGGGCUUCAUAAAUCCCUCCCUCAGAUGGCCAUUAACUAAUAGCAGGUGUGUGUCGUGUUUUUAGAGAGAGGAAUCGGAGCAUAUUCCUAAAUAUCUACUGGAAAUGAAGCUUUGCUGCAAAAGGCAAUGAUGACAGAAGAGCUAGGAAACCCAAAACACAGGAAUGGAUAUGCCUAAAAUAAAAAUGACUGUCAGUCUGCUGCUUGCAGAAUGCACUUGAGUUAAAUCAUUGUGUACCUAUUUUUUGUUUGUUUGUUUGUUUUUUUUGGGGGGGGGGGGGGUACUCAUAGCUUGCUUAAAACCUCUCGCCUUGACUUAAAAAACGAUUAAAACAUACAGAAGAGUUCUGUGAAAAGAUCUUGUUGUAUUUUAUAAAUAUAUAUCUAUACUUCUGUAUAUACUGCAUUUG